AUGACUGGCAUCAUAAGGGACCUGGGCAGGCUUCAGGGACAUCUCGGGAAGGAGCCAGCCAUCCUGGUCAAGUGGCAUAGUUUGUACCACAACAUUAACUUUUCCCUCGAGUCAUUAAUAAAGGGUGACAUGAAAGAGCUCAAAGGGGAGUUCAAGAAGUCCUUUGAGAAGGCCUGCAAAGACUAUGAGAGCAAACUCGCCAAGAUCGAGAAGGAGAAGCGCGGACUGGCAAAGCAGCAUGGCAUGGUGCGGAGUGAGGUGAGUAGGGGAAAGAUUGCCGAGGAGAUGGAGAAGGAGCGCAGGACCUUCCAGUUGAACAUGUGUGAGUAUCUAAUCAAAGUGAAUGAGAUUAAAACCAAGAAAGGGAUUGACUUACUGCAAAACCACAUCAAGCACUGCAGCUCACAGUUCAAUUUUUUCCAGGAAUGUCUAAACACAACAGCAAAACUUAAGAAGUUUACAGAGAAGGUCAUCCCGGAGCUGCAGAGUAUGAAGAUCAGGCAGGACAAGGAGAAGAAGCAGCUCUGCUCCCUUCAGGAUCAGCUGAAAACAGCAUUGCAGAAAGAGGACCCUAGGAACAAGCAGGCAGGGUACAACAUGCACCAGCUGCAAGGGAACAAACAGUAUGGCACGGAGAAGUCGGGGACCCUCUUCAAGAAAAGCAACGGACUGAAAAAAGUCUGGCAGAAGAGGAAAUGCACCAUCAGCAACAGCUACCUGACCAUCUCUCACAGCAUAUUCAACCACCCACCAGUCAAGCUGAAUUUAUUGACCUGCCAGGUGAAGCCGAACAUGGAUGACUAGAAAUGCUUCGAUCAGGUUUCCCAUGAGUACAACCGCACGUACUGCUUCCUGGCAGAGGACGAGCAGGACCAUGUCGUCUGGGUGUCCGUCCUCAGCAACAGCAAGGAGGAGGCGCUGAACAUGGCCUUCAGCAAGGCACAGGGCGGAGGGGAGAGCAGUUGGGAGGAGCUGACCUGGGCCAUCAUCAAGGAGGUCAGAGGCAUGCCCGGGAACAGUGAGUGCUGCGACUGCUCAGCCCCAGAUCCCAUUUGGCUCUCCAUUAACCUGGGCAUCCUGAUCUGCAUUGAGUGCUCUGGAAUUCAUAGAGAGAUGGGUGUGAAUCUUUCCCGCAUCCAGUCGCUGUCUCUGGACAAGCUGGCAACCUCUGAAUUGCUACUGGCAAGGAAUAUCAGCAACUCUGGUUUCAACGACAUCAUGGAAGCAAAUCUCCCCAGCCUGUCCCUGAAGCCCACAGCGCACAGUGACAUGACCUUCAGGAAAAAUUUCAUCAUUUCCAAGUAUGUCGAGAAGAAAUAUGCCAAGAGAAGCUCUGCUGCUCAGUGCUCCGGCCUCCUAGAAGCUGUCAAGGACAAGGACAUAUUUUCAUUGUUCCAAGCAUAAGCAGAGAACAUGGAUUUGAGUGAGCCUAUGCUGGCACCUCUGCAG